AUGCUCUCGUUCAAGCAUUUUAGCCUAUGUGUCCUGUUCUAUGCAGUCCAAGCUGAGUUGGGAGUUCCGGAGCUUCGAGUUGUCAGAGGUGAAGCCAAUAUCAUGCAACUACCACAACAAAGCCCUCAUAUUGCCAUCACCGAGUACUCCGUCGGCGAAACCUACACAUUCGAAGUCUUUCUUGAUGAAACCACUCAACACGACUAUGUGAUCGAUAACUGCACAAUGAAUAAUGAUAUGAUUAUUGGACCACAUGGAUGUGUGGAUUGUGGGAACUGCAUCAGCAAGUCUGUGGAAACCGAGUCCUACAAUAAGCCAGGUGCUAUCAAGAGAACUCUAGUGGAGUUUGUUGCUAGUUCAUCGCGCUCCUGCCAACGCUGGCAUAUGCUUGCAUUGGAUCAUUUUCAAGUAAUUGACCAACCGCAGAAGUUGUACAUGUACCCACCGGCCGGAUACCCGAUCGCCCCAAUUGGAGCAUUCCCUAUUCCUAUGCCUCCUAACAUCUAUCCAACUCCUCCGGGCGGGUUCCGUAUGCCACCUCAAACUCCUCCCGAGAUUCCACCGCCUCCAAUUGCUCCGCCUGCCGCCUACGGCGGUAUGUUUCUGGUUUUCUAUAUUCCAAUUUUUGACAUUCCAGGAGGAGCUGGAGUUUGGCCAUGGUGGGUCUGGCUUCUGAUUAUUCUGCUCCUUCUUCUCCUUCUCUGUUGUCUUCUGGCACUGUGCUUCGCUGCAUUCAUGAAGCGAAGAAAGGAGAAAAAGACUACAACCGUUACUGUCGUUGAUGGCAAGGAUUGUGCAGUUGGGACGGAUCAGGUCCAAACGACUUGUGUUGGAACGGAUACACAGGAAAUGGUCAAGGUUCAACCAGCGAUGAUCCUGGGAGCUGAUCAUCUCGAACAACAUCACCACCACCAAAAUCAGCAGCAGAGCCAAUACUCUCGUAACCAAGCAGAGUACGAUCAAGGAUCUGUAAUGGCUGGUGGAUCUUAUUCUCUUCGAGAGGGAAUGAUCCAUGAGGGUUACACACGGACUCUUCCAAGAGACGUCUACGCCGCCAACGACCGCUAUGCCAGCCGUGAUCGCUUCGAACGUCAUAGUCAGGACAAAUUCACCGACCGUUCUAGCUACCGGAAUUUUGCCUACGAGAGAGACAUGGGAAAAGUGGAGCCGAUGGAUGGGUUUGAUGAGGUGGAGACUCGAGAGAGAACCUACUGCUUGAGUGAUGAUGACCAGGAGAUUGUUGAGAAGAACAUCAAAAGAACCCACACUACCAGAUAUGUCACCGAAUCCCGCGAAUACGAGCCCGAGCACGACAACGAGGAACGUAUGAGAGGUGACGAGUACCAUCACGCCAGCUACACCCACAGUCUUCCGGUAUAA